GGGCUGUACGACAGGCUGCCGUCCCCGCCGGUCACCCCUGGAAUGGAGUGCGCCGGGGAGGUGGAGGCUGUGGGGGAAGAAGUGACGGACAGAAAAGUCGGUGAUAAGGUGAUGGUGCUGAACCGUUUCGGGCUGUGGCAGGAGGUGGCUGUAGUGCCGGCAAGCCACACCUUCCUCAUACCAGAGGGCAUGAGUUUUGAGGAGGCAGCAGCCCUCCCUGUGAACUACAUCACUGCCUAUAUGAUGCUGUUUGACUUCGGCAACCUGCGGCCCAACCAGAGCGUCCUCAUUCAUGCUGCUGCAGGUGGUGUGGGCAUUGCUGCCACUCAGCUGUGCAAGACAGUGAAGGACGUCACUGUGUUCGGCACGGCAUCAGCGAGCAAGCACGAGACGAUCAGUGAGGGCGGAGUCACGCAUCCCAUCGACUAUCGCACCAAGGACUAUGUGGAGGAAGUCCGCAAGAUCAGUCCGAAAGGUCUGGACAUAAUACUGGACCCUCUCGGAGGAUCAGACACCCAUAAGGCCUACAACCUGCUGAAGCCUAUGGGCAAACUUAUCACCUAUGGUGCGGCUAACAUGCUAGCGGGCCAGAAGAAGAACCUUCUUGCCGUGGCCAAGAACUGGUACCAUCAGUUCUCCAUCCACACACUCAGCUUGAUCCAGGGAAACAAGUCGGUGUGCGGCUUCCACCUGGGCUACCUAGACGGGGAGAUGGAGCUCAUCACCCAGGCCAUGAACACCGUCCUGGAUCUCUACAAGGAUGGCAAGAUCAAGCCCCGCAUCGACUCUACUUGGCACCUUGAGCAGGUGGGCGAUGCCAUGAGAAAGAUGCAGGAGAGGAACAACAUCGGCAAAGUGAUCCUCACCACAGAGCCGAUGCCCGAGGAGGAGAAAAAGGAGGAGCCCAAGAAGGAGGACAAGAAGGAGGACAAGAAGAAGGAGGACAAGAAGAAGGAUGACAAGAAGAAGGACGAUGGCAAGAAGGAGGAGAAGAAGGACGACAAGAAGAAAGAGGAGCCCAAGAAGGAGGAGAAAAAGGAGGAGCACACCCCCCGCCUCCCACACCACCUCCACCCCCCACCCCAUCCACGGGCCGGACCCACAGACAGGCACAAAAGACAGGCAGAUAAACGGAGAACCACACCCACCCACACGUUGCUCUCUUAGUGUCCAACGCUUAGUUAUGUCACCGAGGAUGAGUCAGAGAUGCCUGUGAUUGGCUGAUGCACCCCACCUCUCCUGGAGAUAUUUGCAUCAUGGUUUUAAACAUGAUGUUUGACAGCUCAGACAAUGGUGUUAAUGCAACAAGGCCUAACACUGGUUAUCAUUUAUACGGCCUUAGCUCGUGCCCGUCUUCAUCAGUGGUGAGGGGAAACGGCUCCGUAAUGCGUGCGUUCCCACAACAUUUCUGUGAAGUUAAUACAGCGACAGCAGUUUUGCACUUGCCUGAAUAUGAAUUUCCCUCAUAAUGAGCCUUUCUGUGCAGUGUUGAAUAGGGAGGCAGAAAUCAUUGCUCAGCUUCCUUCUCCUUAGUUACAGAUUUUUCUAGCUGACCAACUGUUGGCAAGAAGUGCGCAGUGCCAAUUAAGAGAGAAUUUGUUUCUGUUCAAACAAGCCACAAAUACACACACAUACACACACACACGCACACACAAACAUACACACUCUGAAUGUGAUGAAAGAGGCACUGUCAUGCUGAGACAGUGAAGCAUCUGAAAUGAGCAAGUUAAGAAGGUGAAUACCAGUCCUUUUCCCUCAGGAUCAGGCUUUCUUCCUCCUUGAUCCUCCUCGAGGCAUUCCAUGGCAUUCUGCUCCUUUCACAGCGACCGCUGGCCUGUCGAUCACCCUGACCUGAGAGAGGAGAAUUCAAUUCAAGCUGGCGUCCAUACUUCGCCUCCCCUUCUUCUCUCUACUCUACUCUCUCUCUCUCUCCCUCCUCUUUCCAUUUCCCUCUCUAUGGUCGGCAUAGCAACAGGCGUCAGGCUCGUCAGAGAAGGCACUGUGGUCUGUUUCUCUGACUCCCUCUCCCUGUGUCUCUCUUUUCUGCCUCCCUAACUCUAUAUUUGACAACAGUCCGUGCUGUCGACCAGUGUUUCAACAGGUGGAAUAUGUAUUAGGGAUUUCAGGCAAUAAAGUAAAGAGGUGGAGCAGUUUUUAAGGUCUUUAGUCUUGCACUACCAAACAGUUUGUUCAAACCAGUCUGAAAUUCAAAUCAAGUGUUGACAAUGUGUGCAAUUAACAGUAUGCUGGUUAAAACAGCGCACCGCUCCCCCUAAUGGCCAGUAUGAAUUUUGUCUCACUGGUGUAAUGCCAUUCAAGUAUAAUCCUUAGUAUUUCAUCACAAAUCCCACUGGGUGGACUCUUAAAUCUUUCAUGUAGGAGGAUAUCGACUUUAAACCUUAGAUAUUUACCUACCUGCCUGCCCGUCCUUCCGCCCGCCUGUCCGUGAGCCCGGCCUCAGUGUUUGAGACUCAGAUGGUGACUAGUGACUUUGUAAAAAACGAAAACAAAA